UUCUGGUGACAUCCACACUAAGAUUAUUUUCGUCCUGAUGUGUUUAACGUGUAGCCGGUGAGCUGAGGGACAGACGAUUAACAGCUUGGAUUAAAGCCGCACUGAACUUGCUUCUUCUUCAGGAGUUAGCGUCGGACUGAAGGUUUUAUCCAUCUGGUGGUUUUCUGGGAGUUUAUUGCCAUGUUAUCAUCUGUUCCCGCCAGGCUACUAACGCGAAGGUCGCGCAGCCUGUCGCCGUGUAGCCGCGUGCUCCAGACCAGCUCCAGCGGCGCCUCAAAGAAUCAGGGCAUCCGCGAGACACCGGCGGAGACGAACCGUAACCCCAUCGUCUCCACGUCCCGGGUCUCCGGGAGAGGUAUUUUGUCCGAGGAGACCUCCGGCUCCUGUGUGAACCCAUCCGUGCAGUACCACCACCUCGCCCCAAGAUGGCUGUCGAACCUGGAGAACCGCCGCAACUCCUGGGCUGCUCUGGCCAGCAGGGGGCGCCACAACAACCGGUACUGGGAGGAGAGCGGCCGGGGCGAAGGCCGAGGAACAGGUGAAGGAGCCAGCCGUGCAGGAGUGGAUUAUGCCGGUGUGCUGUCCGCAGCAGCGGUGGCAUUUUGUCUGAGGAAAGACGCUGAUAACAAAGGUGAUGCUCUUCUUGAGGCAGCGAGGACCAAUAACUCACAGGAUGUGGCCAGGCUGAUAAAAGAAGGCGUGGAUCCAAAUCACCGACACCGGCUCGGUUGGACCGCUCUCAUGGUGGCAGCGAUGAACCGUCAGCACAGUGUGGUGAAGGUUCUUCUUGAAGCCGGCGCCGACCCGAACGCUGGGGACGACUUCAACAACGUUUACGACACCUCCCGGGAGAAAGGCAUCCACUCGCUGGAAGUUCUGGUGUCCAGAGAGGAUGAAUUCAGCAGCAGGCUCAGCAGCAGAGCCGGUUUCCGCGGCUGCACGGCGCUUCACUACGCCACGCUGGCUGAUGAUCCACGCACCGUCCGCAUGCUGCUGGAGGCUGGUGCCAACCCCCUGCAGGCCAAUGGUUUGGGACACACACCACGGGCCUAUGCUAAGGAGGGAGAAGUGAGCACGGUGCUGCAGGAGUGGGAGGGCAAGUUCAAGGAGUUGCAGGCUCAACGGGAGGCAGCGGAAAGGAGGAGGUUCCCCCUAGAGAGGAGGCUGAAGGAGCACAUCAUCGGACAGGAAGGAGCCAUCAACACGGUGGCUUCAGGAAAGACGGAGUUGGCCAAACAAGUGGCUAGGUACAUGCACAAAGACAUUAAAAAGGGUUUCAUCCGUUUGGACAUGUCAGAGUUCCAGGAAAAACACGAGGUGGCAAAGUUCAUUGGCUCGCCUCCAGGAUAUGUAGGACACGAGGAAGGGGGUCAACUCACCAAGUUGUUGAAGGCGUGUCCCAACGCUGUUGUCCUGUUUGAUGAAGUGGACAAGGCUCACCCUGAUGUUCUGACCAUCAUGCUGCAGCUGUUUGACGAGGGACGACUCACAGACGGCAAAGGAAAAACCAUCGAGUGCAAAGAUGCCAUUUUCAUCAUGACGUCUAACGUGGCGAGUGAAGAAAUCGCCCAGCAUGCCUUGCAGCUCCGGCAGGAAGCUGAGGAGAUCAGUCGCAGAAAGCUGGCCGACAACCUCGAGGACGUACAGAAAAGUGACGACGUCACAAUCUCCCGACAGUUCAAAGAAACGGUGAUCCAGCCGAUCCUGAAGGCUCAUUUCCGGAGGGACGAGUUUCUGGGUCGGAUCAAUGAAAUCGUGUACUUCCUGCCAUUUUGUCACUCCGAGCUGCUGCAGCUGGUCAGCAAAGAGCUCCACUUCUGGGCCAAAAAGGCUAAGCAGCGCCACGACAUCACUCUACAGUGGGAUCACCCAGUUCUGGAGCUGUUGGCAGGCGGGUACAACCUGCACUAUGGCGCUCGUUCCAUCAAACACGAGGUUGAGCGGCGGGUCGUCAACCAGUUAGCUGCAGCGUACGAGCAGGAGCUGCUGCCCAAAGGCUGCAUGCUGCGUCUGUCCGUCCAAUCAGAGGGGCAGGAGGAGCGUGGUGUGCCCAGCCUGCGCCUGGAGGUGGUGGGAGAGGACAGCUCGUCCAGAACACUGGACAUCCGUCCACCGCUCAAUCCUGAACACUAACAUCGGAGUAAACACUGGAAAUCAUCAUCACCAUCAUCCUCCAAUGAGAGGUUCUGGCUGAUGCAUUUUGAAUAAAAUUUCCUCUAAAAAAACAUAUUUUCACUGCAUUUUCCCUCUGAUAAAUUAUUAUUAAUGUGCACUCAGAUAGUUUAAAAAGGUUUUAUUCACAUCUGUGUUCAGUUUGAUCUGACGUGGAUAAAAAAACAGACCAGCUUCAGCUUCUUCACCAGGAAUUACCUCAUCAGCAGAUACAGAUGUUACACAGUGACGUGUUUUACUUCAUAAUAUAGAAAAAAGCUAUAUUCAGUAUUUAUUAAAUAUACAGUAUAAUGUAUAUAAAAAUAGCUUGACUGUAGGUGUGUAGUUAACUGUUUCAGACACGGUUAGUUAGCAGUCAGCACAUUUUAUUUUUGUACAUUUUAAUUGUGAAUGUAUCCAUUUUUUUCAUAACACAAAAUGAAACCUGCCAUGUUCCUGUGUUCAUCAUAUCACUCAUUUAAGGACUCCCACAAGCAGAACUCCUAUAACCAACCUGCUGACUCGUUACGUUUCACUUAAUCGCUUCACUGCAAAUUAAUUUGUUAAAACUUCAUUUUGAAACAGAUGUGUUUUAGAUGACGCGUGCAGCUGUUUGCACAGUAUGUCAGGAAAAAUCGAACAGAAUUCGCCAUGUUGCAUCAUAAAUGUUUCAGAGGGUGUAAUGGAGUGACAUUUUUCAUCCCCAUGUUCCCAGCCUCCCAUGUGUAAAUAAAAGCAUCACAACAAAAAGGAAA